UAUACGGCAAAAUAUAUAUAUACGCGCUGCGCAACAAGAGCUGCUCCGCGCUUGAUGCUACUGCUGCUUCGCGAAAAAGGAGUCGUAUCUGAAAGAGAGUUUUGUGCACGUUCCAGAAAACACGAGUGUAUUUUAAACUAUUUUUGCAGUUUAUUUGUUGAUUGUUUUGGCCGUUGCAGCUGCUGUUGUUAUUAUUAUUAUUAUUAUCAUUAUAAUAAUUGUGCCGAGUGAUUUUUACGCGUACUGUGGUGCUGUGGUGCUAUAUCAAAUGACGAACGACUUACGUAUCAGGUGCAUUUCCCUCGAUGCACGAAUUCGUCGAUUUUUCGAGCUGAUUUGACUCUAUGACAAGUAGCUCGGGAAUCAUAACAUGUUGGAUUGUAGGAGUUUCAUCGAUUCCCCGUUGAUCGAACGUCAGGCAAGUUACACAAUUCUCUCAUAGUGCUACGGGCCGGACAACGAUAACGACGGUGUGCAAAAAUUACGUUAUCCGAUCACUGCUCUCUUCGCUAUAUAUCCACUAUAUAUCAACGUCGCGUGUGUGCGUGGGUGUGUGGGUGCGUGUGUCACACUUGCAACAUGUUGGAGUCGGUAGUAGCUGGCGGCUGCUGCUUCUUCGUUCGCGCUCAUUGGCACGUCCUUUGAAUCGCCACCCCCUAAUUGUCGAAGGCGAUGUGCAUUCGCGACGAUGCGGUACAGCAACAACGACAACAACGCGCGAGAAGGAAAAGAAAGGCUGCCCAAGUUCGCGUGAAACGACCAAUAAAAACAAGUGACAAGUGACCGUGUGCCGAAAAGAAAAGCGACAGAGAAACACCUUCGCGCGUUCAUCGAAUAUAUCAUUGACAGAGUUAGUAGUUUUUUGUUAGAGUAUAUAAAGAAAAAAAAAAAGUGGUGCGAGAGAUAAAGCAACGAGUAGUGUCGUCGCUAGUUAUAUUCGUUUUUCUCGCGAGCAAAACGACUGUAGCCUUACAAGAGCUCUCCUCGGUCAUCGCGACGACGACGACGACGACGACGACUAUUGCGACUACGACGUACGGUGGCGCGCGUGGGUGUGGGUGCUACCGCUGCGCUGCUCCGUUAUAUACAUAGAUAUAUAUUAGCGUCAACGGGAGCGCCGCGGCUCGUCUCGUCACGAUCACGCAUGUGUUCAAGCAAGGACGAGAUCAUGCUCGCUUAGUGGGUGUGUUGCUAAUCGUUGCGGCCCUUCAGCGGCCGACGCAUCAUGUCACAGUUCUCUUUUCGAGGAUCGCCCAAUUUACAGUGUCCUGUAACAGUACCGGCGACGGGAGUUAACGCGACGAUCGCCGCCUCGAGCAGUUCCGGUGGUACAUCGUCCUCCUCGGGAAUAGUCAAUAGCGCGACGUCGCCCACGGCGAGUUCGCAGCAACACGCCUCGUCCGGAACCGGCGGCGGUAACAGCAACAACAGCGGUUCUCAUCCCCAUCAUCCACCGCCUCCGCAUCAUCCGAUCGGACUGAGAAUGGCAGUGACGAGCGCGGUGGUGCGGCCGGCCGGCGCCAGUCCGACGGCCGUCGCUUCGGUCUCGCCGGCUUCGCAGAGCGGCGGCUCCACGAGUGGCGGCGGCGGUCCGGGCGGCGGUCUGCCACCCAACAGUGCGGCUGGUUCCGCCGGUUCGGGUCGCUGCUGCGAGACCGGCCGAACCAUAUUCACGGAUCCGCUGAGCGGACAGACCGUCUGCUCGUGCCAGUACGAGCUGUUCUCGGGCUCGUACCAGAGGCUGGGCGCCAUCCCGACGGCCGCCCUGUCCAUGUACACCACCCCCUACGCGGCUGCGGCGGCUGAGGGCAUGGCCGCGUACUUCCCCGGACUCGGUGCCGAGCAGGCGCCCUUCUACUCGUCACAGGCUGGUGGUUUGGACCUAAAGGAAAACUUGGGCGCAGCCGGUGCGGCCGCGGCAUGGCCCUAUCCAUCGGUGUAUCAUCCGUACGACGCGACGUUCGCCGGUUACCCAUUCAAUGGAUACGGCAUGGAUCUGAACGGAGCAAGGCGGAAAAAUGCCACGCGAGAAACGACCAGUACGCUCAAGGCUUGGCUGAACGAACACAAGAAGAAUCCUUACCCGACCAAAGGCGAGAAGAUCAUGUUGGCCAUCAUCACGAAGAUGACGCUCACACAGGUCUCGACGUGGUUCGCCAAUGCCCGGAGACGACUAAAGAAGGAGAACAAAAUGACGUGGGAGCCGCGAAAUCGAGUCGAAGACGAGGACAACAACAACGACGAUGACGACAGCGGUAGGAAGAGCGUCGACGACAAAGACAGACUGGACUCGAAGGAUUCGGGCACGGGCUCGAGCGAGGACGGCGAGCGGGGCCCGUCGGCGAGCCACAGACUCGACCUCAUACACGGUUCGAGCGGGCCCGGGGGUCUUGGCUCGGGCCGCCACGACUUCGACUCGUGGAACGAGUCGAGGCCCGCGAGCAGUCCCGGCAGCCCCGAGUGCCUGUACGAUCGCGACCGGCCGCCCCAUCACCCGCUCCAGUUCGCCAAUCAUCCGGGUCUGCUGGCGGCCUCCGCGGGACAACAGCAGCGGGGCCAUCCGCAUCAUCCGCAUCAUCAUCCACUGCUGCGCCAUCACUCGCCGGAGCGAACGUCGCCGGGCGGCCAUCCACUGCCUCCGAGCACGAGUCACAGCGGCGGUGGCGGCGGAAUCGUAGCCACGCCGGGCUCGAACUCGUCCUCGAAGCCGCGGAUCUGGUCGCUCGCCGACAUGGCCAGCAAGGACGGCGAUGCGCAGUCGGCCAGUGCCAUGGCGGCGGCGGCGGUGCUCAGCUCGCCCUACGCCAACAGCAACAACGUCGGCAAGAUAUUCUCGCCGCUGGCCAGUCGACUGCCACCCCAUCAUCCGCUGCAUCCGGCUCAGAUGCACGCAGCGGCGGCGGCGGCUGCUGCAGCCUCCGGUGGCGGACCCGCGGGUCACUACAUCAAGCCACCCGGCGCCGAGUUCUAUCGGAACUUUUACGGCGCGGCGCCCCACGAGAUGGCCAUCCUGGAGCAGUACCAGCGCACCCUGGCGCUCGGCGGUGUGAUGCCGCCAACGAGCUGCGCCCCCAACAUGCUUCAGGCCGCGUCCAGCUCAUCCGCGGCUGCGGCGGCGGCGGUGGCAGCCAAUCUCAAGAUCCCGUUCUCGAUCAACAACGGCGGCAACUCGACGACGAGCGGAGGCGGAGCGACACCGACCUCGUCCUCGUCGCAGGCGGUGAUGCUGACCACGGUGCAGUCGGGCAUAUCGCCCUCGUCGUCGUCGCAGGCGUCCUCCAACGGCUCGACGACGGAGCAGCAAUCUCCAAAUCCAAGUAGCGGUGCUAGUCUAGCGCCCACGGAGCUCAAGUCUCCCGGGCGCGUCUGAUAAAGGAGCCUCCUCCUCCCCUCCUCGACUACUGUGUGUGUGUGAGCGAGCGAGAGCUCCGUACGGCAAUAGGUACGUGUGACCGAUUUAAAUAUCUGUGCGCGACAAUAAAAUUAAUACAAAAAAAAAACAGAGGAUAAAAUCUUAAAUUAAUUACAAACGAUUAUUAAUAACGAAUUGAUAAAGCGUAAAAAAUUGUACAUAGUGUAAAUAAAAUGAGAAACACACGACUUCGAUUAAGUUGAGAAACCCUUUAUAUAAUUAUAUAUAUAUAUCAUACGUGGAUAAAGACGAUGUAGUGACUGAAUGAAUUUUCAGUGCGUUAUCUUCGACUUGUGAGAGAACGAUUUUACCAUUUGCGACGUUUUUAUCAGAAAAAUUUCAUCAAUUUUGUAAAACGUUUUGACGCAUCUAUAUUUCUCUCGCGAUAUUCGUUGAUUUGACCCGAUUGAGAGCGAUCCGAAAAAUAAUGUCGAUCUUUCUCUUUGUUUUUCGUUUUCAUUAAAAAUAUUCAGAAUGAUUUACCUUUUCUUCUCAAUAAGUAGCUUUUAAAUUUUCUUUUUGAAUAGUAUAUUUAUAUUAUGGUAUACUUAUAUUAUAGAGGGUGCUUAAAAGAUCACCUGUCACGCGCUUUAAUUUUUUACGGAGACGGGACAUCUUUUUCGGAUCGGUCUCUUUUUAUUUUUCACGGAUCUAUCAUCUUCAAAAGA